AUGGUGCAUGCUGUUUCUGACGCGAUUCGCUCCGGGUGGAGCUCCAGCUCUAGGCAUCCGGGAUUCCUGCUGUCCUUGGUGGUGGCCACAUCUGGACCUGUUCUGGGUCGCCUGUCCAUUGACGACGGCCAUCUUGUCAUUACCACCCCAGUCGCGAAGCUGCAAGAUGGUGACCAGCCACUCUUGGACAUCCCGCUGAGAGCAAACAUCCUGAUUGAUGUAGGGACUCACAGAGAGUCAACCUUCCUACCACGGCUGAGAAGUGAUCCUGCGGCAUGGGUUAUCGCUUUCGAGCCGGACUACCUGCACUGGGCGCACCAUCUUGUAAACCAUGCCCACCCGCGGAUGAUCUUGAUCAAUGCGGCGGUGGGUAACAGCUCCAGAGGCUGGUCGACUCUAUAUCGCUGGGCAUACUCAGGGGAGGAGUGGCGCUUCAAUUCUGGUGGAAAGACGCAGCUGGGUUCCUUGCUGCAGGCUGAUCCAAACAGGCAGUUAACUGCCCAUGAGACGAUGCAAGUGGCUGUUGUGUCACUCAAAGACAUCCUGGCCGUGUUACCGGAUCGAGUGCAAAUCUUGAAAACUGAUGUCCAGGGUGCUGAUCUUGAGGUUGUAAAGUCUGCUGGCACAGAGCUCAAGCGGGUAGACCGGAUUGUCAUUGAGAUUCCGGACGACACACCUCGUCCAGUAUAUUCCGGCCAGCACACGCGCAAGGAAACCGAGGACUACUUGGCGCACCUCGGUUUCCGCCAUGAGAGGUGCUGGGCGAUCUCUGGUGCAGAGCAUGACUGCGCCUUUGCUCGCUCUGAGGCAUGGAUAGACUUGCCAUCGGAGGCUGAGUGCUUCCCAAGCAAUCGCACGCUUAGGCUGUUCGACCUGUGGCAGGGGAUAAUUGACUACACGUGUUCCACGAACCAGUACCCCUGCGAGCGCAACCCACGUCCUCAGGUGAAAAUGCGGUGGAUAGAGUAUUUCUGCUGCGGCAAGCUGCUUUCGAAAUACAUCUGCUUCGGCCGGAGGCGUCGCCCUUCCUACGAGACAUGCUGCCUGGCCCCGUACCUGACGUCCAUCGGGUAUCCAAACCCUGAGGUCAUCGCCGGCGUGAUUGCUCCUUUUUUAUAUUAG